CGAAACUUUCCAUGCCCGUGUGAUUUCCCGAGUAGGGCAGGAGAGGGGAAAUAUUCCAUGGGAAUCUGCUCUAGUUCGUGUUCCGGUUCGGGGUUUUUAGAGAUGUAGCGUAUUUGGUAGGCGUCGCGAUGCCCCGAGGCUCUCGCGCCCAGGCCGCCUCCCCCGUGCGCCUUCACUACGACCUGGCAACAACGCCGCUCUUCCAGGACCAUGACGACUCCGGGGACAUCGUGCUGUACGACACGAGCGUGGAGUACAUCCCGUCCCACACCAAGACCCGCACCUCCAUCGUCAGCGACACCUCCCGGAUGGAGAGCCUGAGGGAGCAGCUCCUGGCCGCAGGGGAGGAGCUCUCGUCCCCUCUCGGAGGAUACACCGACGCCAGCGGCCUGGACGCCAACCCCUCCCUGGUCGCGGCGCAGAAUUGCUACGAAAAGACGGUGGACCUGGAGUCCCCGGGCGCGAGGGGCUCCGUGUCCUCCCUCAGCAGCUCCGAAUACGUGAUGGUCGAUCGGGUCGAGCGAGACUCCGCCAUGAUCUCGGUCUUCCGCGCCCUCCGCUGCGUCGACGGCGUGGAGGCGGCGGAGAGGGACCGCCGCUUCUCGCCGCUCGAGGUGCAGAGGCCGCAUCGUCCCGCCCACGGCCGCAGCCACCCGAAUUAUAGGCCGGUUCGGCAAACUACUAUAGACUACUAAAUCUGCAAUUUAUUAACAUCAGUGUGUGUAUGGAAUCCUUAUUCUCUGCGGAAGCUUUUGUGUAUAAUACGACACGAGCGAUCGAGGUUUAUGUAGGAUUAUAAUUGGUUUAUUAUGUGUGACACAGUAUAUUUCAUUUGUUUUAUAACUCCCAU